CGCAAAAAUAAUCCGAUUCGAUUUUAGUCGCGGAGUCAAACGUCAAACAAAUUCCAUCACAAUUCCUUCGCAUUCACGGGAAAAAAGCAAAAUAAAAAAGUGCAGUGUAUAAAAAAAAAUCGAAAAAAGAGGAAGGAGAAAAAUAAGCUGAAAAUUUAAUCCUCUACGAAAAAAAGGCAAUUUAGGUGGCAAACAAAAAGGAAAUCUAAGGGGAUUUGCUCAACUAAUCCCUUAAAGCCAAAGAGGGUACUUCUGCAGCCUUCUUCCCUAAAAUCAUUUGGCAAAGUGUGUGUUUAAGUGAUUCCAAAGAUAGAAAAUUUUGAUAGAUAAACAGCUUAGCCACAAUUUCUGUGCGACCAAGACAGGUGGAGAGAGGUGGUCAAGUGGCACUUCAACAAAAUUGGAGAACUGAAAUAUAGUUGGGCAAAUAAACAACUGACGAAAAACCCAUAUAAGCUCGACACUCGAUUGGAAAUCUAAGUGAUAGCAAGAUACCCUAGACUUUAUUCCCACUUUUCAGCCUUCGAGUACAAGUGCGUCCAGCAGAGUAAAAAAAGCGGAACUCCAACUCAUAAAAAUUAUAAUGUUUAAUAAUUUUUGUCCAAUUGAUUGGAUAAUACAGCCAGUUCAAUGUCAAGAUGGUUCCUCGUUUUUAAAACGUGCCAACACUGAAAAAUUGCGAGAAGUCUUCCAGAAGUACGCCUCACAUCAAAAGGAUGGUGAAUAUUUUAUGACCAGCGAGGAUUUUGUGCGAAAAUUUUUGGGAUUAUUCACAGAUGCUGCAUUUAAUGAUGAAUCAGUGCGUUUAUUAGCCGGUAUCGCUGAUACCAGUAAAGAUGGUCUUAUAUCAUUCUCAGAGUUUCAAGCUUUCGAAGGUCUAUUGUGCACACCAGACGCUCUAUAUAAAACUGCUUUUCAAUUAUUCGAUCGCCAGGGCAAUGGUACAGUGUCUUAUGCUGAUUUUGCUGAAGUCGUACAAAAAACUGAACUGCAUUCAAAAAUACCCUUCAGUCUAGACAGUCCUUUUAUCAGAAGAUAUUUUGGUGAAAAAAAGCAACGUUUAAUCAACUACGCUGAAUUUACUCAACUACUUCAUGAUUUCCAUGAAGAAUAUGCGAUGGAAGCAUUCCGUAGCAAGGAUCCAGCUGGUUCUGGAUACAUUUCCCCCCUAGAUUUUCAAGAUAUUAUGGUUAAAGUCAAGAGGCAUUUACUCACCGCCGAUGUCAAAGAUAAUUUGGUAGCGGUCACCGAAGGCCAUAAGGUAAGCUUUCCAUAUUUUAUGGCUUUCACGUCGUUACUAAAUAAUAUGGAAUUGAUAAAACGCAUCUAUUUACAUUCUACACAAGGUAGUCGCACAGAGCCCGUUACCAAAGAUGAGCUACUGUUUGCCGCUCAGACCAUGAGCCAAAUAACCCCCUUGGAAAUAGAUAUACUCUUCCAAUUGACGGGGGCACUGCAACAGUCGGGUUGGUGGAGACGUAAAAAGAUUCAAGCAAGUAGUCGUAUUGUAUAUAGCGAUCUUAGUUAUAUCGCUCCUGAACACUAUACAAAGCAUAUCACCACCAGAUUAGCUGAAAUUAAGGCUGUGGAAAGCCCGGCUGACAGAUCGGCGUUUAUACAGAUUUUGGAAAGUACCUACCGUUUUACCUUGGGCUCAUUGGCUGGUGCCGUUGGUGCCACUGUUGUCUAUCCCAUUGAUUUGGUGAAAACACGCAUGCAAAAUCAACGCACAGGCUCAUUCAUUGGUGAAGUGGCCUACAGAAAUUCUUUCGAUUGUUUCAAAAAGGUUAUACGCCACGAAGGUGUCUUAGGUCUGUAUCGUGGCCUUUUGCCCCAGUUAAUGGGCGUGGCUCCCGAGAAGGCUAUCAAAUUGACUGUGAAUGAUUUGGUGCGUGAUAAAUUCACCGACAAACAGGGUGUCAUACCCCUAUGGUGUGAGGUGUUGGCCGGCGCUUGUGCCGGUGGCUCCCAAGUGGUCUUCACCAAUCCUUUGGAAAUUGUUAAAAUCCGCUUGCAAGUUGCUGGUGAAAUUGCUGGCGGUGGUAAAGUACGUGCCUUAUCGGUUGUUCGUGAAUUGGGUUUGUUUGGUCUCUACAAGGGAGCUCGAGCCUGCCUGCUGCGUGAUGUGCCAUUUUCUGCAAUAUAUUUCCCUACUUAUGCUCAUACAAAGGCAAUGUUUGCCGAUGAAGAUGGUUACAACCAUCCUCUUACCCUAUUGGCCGCUGGUGCUAUUGCUGGUGUGCCUGCUGCCUCUUUGGUGACUCCUGCCGAUGUGAUAAAGACCCGUCUGCAAGUGGUGGCUCGUACAGGACAGACAACCUACAGUGGCGUCUGGGAUGCUACCAAGAAAAUAAUGGCUGAAGAAGGUCCUAGAGCAUUUUGGAAAGGAACAGCCGCCCGUGUCUUCCGUUCAUCACCACAAUUUGGUGUUACUUUAGUUACCUACGAAUUGUUGCAACGUCUAUUCUAUGUAGACUUUGGUGGCUCCCAUCCCACUGGCUCUGAGGUCCACAAAAGCAAGCCAAUGGAUGCGCCCAGCAAUGUGCGCAUCAAUGCCGAUCAUAUUGGUGGCUAUCGCGCUGCUGUACCUUUGCUGAAUGGCAUUGAAUCGAAGUUUGGUCUAUUCCUGCCCAGAUUUGGAUUUUCACAACAGACAUCAUCGGCCUCCAAGCCCUCAUCAUGAUGACGAUAUCGUAGUUUAUAUUAAGUUCAGUCUCAGUUGUUUUUCUUUUUCUAUUUUCAUUUUUUGUUUGUUUUAAAUCAUUUAAGGAAAAGCCCCUCCCCCCCACACACACCCACACACUUACACAUAAACAUAUUUAUGAGGUUAAAUUUUUUCCUUUUUAAGUUGUAAAGAAAGUUUGACUUGAAGUAAAGAUUUGAUGGAAAUUUUUGAUUUUUAUUUUUAUUCUUGUUUUGAAGAGACAAAAGAGUAACAAUCACAACCACCCCCUCAACAAAGCAACAAAAAAAAUGAAAAGUAAAUGCAAACAAAAUGUUCGUGAAGUUUAAGAAAAAAUACUAAAACUAAAGAAAAUAUUCAUAAAAAAUAUACAUAAAACCAGACAAAAAGAUGAUAAAAAAAAACUAAAGAGAAAAUAUAUUUUUUGCUAGGAAAAUUAUUAUAUUUCAAAUCUUAACUUAUUUAAGUAAAAAAAAAAAACAAUUUAAAAACAAAUUAUAAUUCUAGACAAAGAACUAAAACAAAAACCUAAAUAACAAACACACAAAAUUUUGUAAAACGAAUUAGGAUCAUUUUUUUUCUAAGGAACUUGUACUACCAAGCAAAUGUAAGAAAAAAACUCCAAAACUAUUUUUUCAAAUAUAAAUUUACCACAGUGACAGUGAAAGUAAAACAAAAACUGAUAACUCCUCAAUUUAAACUUGAAACAAAGCAAAAAAAAUAAAUAAAUAAAAUAAAAAAAAAAACAACAAGACAACACACAUGUUACAAUUA